AUGUUGGACUUAUUCUCCAAAGAUCGAAUCGUCAAUGAGGCAGGACUUAGAGCCGCCUUACAUCAUCUGGACGCAAUCUCAACUUCAGGUGCAACUGGAUUACAAGCCACGAUCGAACACCUACUCUCAUCACCCCAUGUUUUUGCCUAUAUCAUUUCUGUUUGGGAUCGCUCCGAGAGAAUGAUCUUGCAGAUCUUGACAGACUUUCCUACCAAAUCUCAAGAAUAUCCUUCAUCACUUGCGAGCAAGGUUCUGGACAAUCUGUCUAUAUAUUUUUUAGCCUUGCCAAUCGAGUCUCUGGAGACGGAAGUCUCAAGGGACAUCAGCCGCCACAGAGGCUUCAUCGAGGGCGCUUUACCCUUGCUUCGUGCCUUGAGCACCAUGAAAUUUUCCAGCGCGAAUUCUUUUGAAGACGAGAGCGAUCUCUUCGACAUCGAACCUGAUGAAGGAUUCGUCAAAAUGAAAGUGCAUCAAAAAAUGCGCAAGCGACAUCGCCAGAAACCUCAGCAUGCGGGUAUCAACACAUCACUGUUCGCCAGGCUCGAUGUGGCUGUGCCCACCACGAGUGACGCGGCCACAGCAUUAUCCACCCACAUUCUUACCAAGCUGAAGCAAGUGCUCUCGUUAUACCUCUCGCUUCUGCGGUGGACGGAAUUAGCGGACGACAUCAAAGCCUUACUCUUCCCAAAUGUAGAAGAGUCUGCCAGAGAUGUCGCACCUAAACUUUCGUCCCCCGAAGACGUCGAGAGCUCAACAGAGUCAAGCGUGUACCCGAUGGUGCAGCCCAUGAAGGCUGCUCUUUACUUCGACAACGCGGAUGGGUUCGGAGAGUGGCGGAUCCUUGUAUCUACCGAGGCUUAUAACAAUCUGCGUGAAUACCGUCGAGCGGACCGGGAAAUAUUCAAGAUCAUUUUCAAGACGAUCAGACAUCUCUCGCGCGGUCACUUCUCGAGCGACAAUCAAAAGAGGCUCGAUAGAACAGAUGCAGGAAUUCCGUACCAGAUUGAUUGCAUCCCUGACCAGGAUGGAGAGUCUGAGAGACAAGUCAUCAAAGUGUACGGGAUCUACGAACACUCAAAACUUGAAAGAAUAUCAUGGAAUGCCUUGAGCAAUCAUCUAGCACGCAAGGGAACUGAAUAUCGCAGACGAUGCAUCUUCCGCACCAAGGCAGCCAACGAUGUUAUUCUGCCAGCCUCAUUCUCGCCGGCGGAACUCGAGCCAGAAAUCACAGCGAGUCCGUUGGAUCUCAGUGCUAAGGACAUGGACGAUCUUCACGCCUUGCUGGUCCUAGAGAAAUACGUAACGUUCUCGCAGGCUUUUUUGCAUAGUCUCAUCGCAAACGAAGACGUACACCACGCCUUCAUGCUCUCUUCUCAAGAAUGGAAGGUCGUCGAAUGCACCACGUCGUGCUAUGUCUUGGGUCGAAGCGGCACAGGAAAAACGACGACGAUGCUGUACAAGAUCCUUGGCAUUCAGCGAGCUUGGGAAUCGAGUGGCAUUGACAUGCCCAAGCCACGUCAGAUUUUUGUCACAAAAUCUAGAACGCUGGCGACAAAAGUAGGAGAAGACUUCACGAGGCUUCUAAAGUCCCUGACAUCGGCUGGCUCUACGCUGCAAGAACUUGCCAAACUCAAGGCACAAAGCAUUCUGAAUGAUCUUGUUGAUCAUGACGAUGCUCCUGAGUCGCAGAUGAAUAUACCAAUGAGAUACAGUCAACUCGAGGACAAACAUUUCCCCCUAUUCGUGACUUUCGAUCAGCUAGCAAAGAUGAUUGCAGCAGAUGUCUUCGACAUGGACGAUCCUAAGACGAGACGUAGCGCUGAGCUGUUCUUCAACACCGACGAUGCAGAGACACAUGAUUCGCUUGUCACCUAUAAUGUAUUCAAAAAUCAAUAUUGGCCACAUUUUCCGCAGGGUCUCACCAAGAACCUCAGUAGUGCUGCUUCCUUUGCUAUUCAUGGUUGGUUUUCAGCGAGUUUCUGGGCAAGUACAAAUCUGUAUCCAAUAAAGCAGCUCCUGAACCCCCACAUAGGUAUCAUCAAAGGCUCAGAACAGGCAUUGAGCUGUCCGGACGGUGUUCUCGACCGUUCAAGCUAUCUCCGCAUUUCUCGUCGCUCUAAUCCGAUUUCUGCGAACCACAUGGACAGUGUCUACGAUAUAUUCGAGAUUUACAAGAAGUUCAAGAAGUAUAAAUACCAUCUCGAUGUUGCGGAUCGUACGCACGCGAUCCUCAAGGUCUUGGGAGAUCGGCGGUUUCCUGGUCGACAAAUUGAUUACCUGUAUGUCGACGAGGCACAAGACAAUCUGUUGAUCGAUGCGCUGGUUUUGAGGCGAUUGUGUAGGAAUCCAGACGGACUUUUCUGGGCUGCGGAUACUGCGCAAGCGAUCUCUGCUGGAAGUUCCUUCAGGUUCGACGAUCUGAAAGCGUUUAUCUAUCGUGUGGAGCGGCAAAGUAUCUUGGUCAACUCCGCUAGAGCUCCUGUGCAUCAACCAACGAUGUUCCAAUUGGGCAUGAACUAUAGGUCACACGGUGGCAUCGUGAACUGCGCUCAUUCUGUCAUCGAGCUCAUCACGAAGUUCUGGCCAGAUUCAAUUGAUCACCUCCAACCUGAAAAGGGGAUGGUUGAUGGAGUGAAGCCAAUCUUUUUCACGGGCCCAGAUGAUGACACUCGCUGCAAACAGUUUUUGGUUGGGGAGAGGGACAAGCUUGGACCUAACCAAUGCAUACUUGUACGUAACGAUGCAGCGUGCCAGAAGUUACGAGAACAAGUAGGCGAUAUUGGAAUCAUUAUGACGCUCUAUGAAAGCAAAGGCCUUGAGUUCGACGAUGUUCUCUUGUACGGCUUUUUCGAAGAUUCCGUCAUAGACGCGUCGCGGUGGCGGGUAAUUCUCAAUGGGGUGGAUAGUCAAGGUUAUGCGCCCGAUUUUUACCGCGACGAGGCCCGAUAUGCUGGAAUAUGCAGUGAAUUGAAACACCUCUACGUGGGAAUCACCCGAGCAAGGAAGAACAUGCGGAUCUUUGACAGGUCUGAUAAGUCUGAUGCCAUGCGUAUUUUCUGGACGUUUCACAAUCUUAUCGAGAACCGUGCCCACGACAGCAAUAUUCCUCCUCUAGCUGUCUCCUUCGAUCCAGAUUGCGAUCGAGAAGAAUGGGCAUCCACUGGUCGCUCACUAUUCUUGCACAAGCUCUACUCGCAGGCUAUGCACUGCUUUCAGCGUGGAGGCCUUCUCCGCGAAGUGAAGGUUUGCGAAGCUUAUAUACUACGGGAAGCAGCGCGUUCCAGCGUCGGAGUGGCCUCGCCCAACGUCCAACAAAAAGCUUUUAUCACGGCAGCAGAUGCCUUUGCUGACUGUGGCGCAGCUGCGACGGGGAACGAGAAACGUCAAUAUUACCGCACUUCGGCGGAUUGCUACGUUCGAGGAGGAAAGGACCUCAAAGCUGCUGAUACCUAUCUCGCGGCUCAAGAGUUUGGUCUAGCUGCGAAGAGAUAUCGCAAGGCUGGAUCUUUCGACCGGACACUCCGUGUCCUUACUGACUACCGCACAAUGAUACCUGAGGAGACCGCGACAGGCUUGUGGACUGCAUGCCGGCUUUAUUACUGCCGCAGAAGCAACAAUAAAGCCCCAUUGCCUCUAUUCUCCUCAUCUGACGAGGAACUCGAGUUUCUGGAGGCAUAUGGCUUGGACUAUGCUCGCGUUUCCCUUCUCGAGUCUCACUCGAGGUACUACGAGGUCGCGGAACUACACUUGUCAGAGAACCGUCCCAUGGAAGCAGCUCAAGCAUUCCUCGAGGACAACAGAAACGUUGAUUCAGCUGCUCGUGCAGCCGACGCCCUUCUGGAAUCCCUGUGGCGCGAAUGCUCAUUCAGGAUCACCAGAACUGCCGUUGCUGAUGACUCAGUGCAGCAUUCUAUUGCUCUCACCAAUCAGCUGCAGAUGAGCAAACUGGAGCCCGUGACUCGUGACUUGGUCUUGAUGUUUCAGAGCAUCUUGGGGGAAGAUCAUGAGUCAUUGAAGAAGCUCGCGCUUGCCUUCCAGGAACAUAAUAAUCCAUCUGCCGCUCUCCAUUGCCUGGAUCACUUUUUCUCUCAAGUGACAGAUAUUCGUUCUUUCCAAGUCCAUGAAAUGGCAGGCUUCCUUGAAACAUUUCAUACCUAUGCGCGACUUCUUUAUCAAUUUUCGACCUUGCCUGACCCGUUAGAGAGCGACGAUGUACUCAGACUGUUUUCCAUCGUGCCACUGUCGGGCGACGAGUUUCUCAUACCACAUGGGACAUUCCUCUACGACAACGCAACGGAAACGUCUCGGAACAACCACCUGGUCUCUAUGCAUCAGUCCGGAUAUACGGCCUCCCGUAGACACGCCACGGAAUUGAUCCAUCUAUCCAUUCGAACCGUCUUGGAGGACAAAGUUUUGGCAGUUGAUGAGAUGUGCUGCGACGCUCCUGUCUUUUUGCAGUGCUUACCAUAUAUCGUCUCCGGGACCUGCCGACGAGCGCGAUGCCCCCAGGAACAUGUCACGAUAUCGAAUUUGGACCGCGUGCAAUACAACGCCCAUGUCGCGAUCCAUAUACAGCAGAUUCUCAUUUUACAACUCUUGUAUUCCGCGCACCCUAGUACGAAACAAUGGGAGAGCAUGAGAGACUGGAUCGAUCACCUUUACGAGGCGCUGAAUCCGCCCUUGUUCAUUCAAGGUUCCCUCGCGGACCUCGAUUUGACCCUCAUUCCGCAUGGUUUAGCUGGCCUGAGAGUGGUGAGGAACUGGACUCGCGAAUCCUUUUAUAAAUUGGACCCGUUCCAGAGCUCAUCCCGAUUUUUGACGACCUUGAUGAGAAUCACCAGUCUCAGUUUUGCUUUCGACAGGAAUGAUGCUCCCGCCUACAUUGCUCAGGCAGAUUGUGUCGCCCGAAAUAUGUCCACCGAGCUCCUUCGCAAAGCAGAUAAUCGCCGCUUGGUGUUCGACAUGCUCAAUUCUUACCGAGGAUUUACUGAAAGCAGCAUAUCUUCGGGAAUUCUGUACCUACAGCAUGUCCUCGACCACCGUUUACGCGUCAAUCUGUCUGUUUUAUGUGACUACAUUGAAGAUGUUCUCUCCUCUUUCGUAAUCAACCACAGAAUGGAUCCCGCCCAAAAUGGACUUCAUGGCGUUGUUCUUCCAUCCAACUGGUUGAUCUUCCCCCACAAGUUCUCUGCGAACAAACACAUCUCGCCGGAGUCAGUAGGAGUGCUCUUCGAUGCGAUAAGGAAUCUUAUAGAGACGUUGCGCACGGAUGCUGGCACCGAUUUUCUUCGGCUUGCACAUACCAACGUCACACGGGUACUUUGCAGUAUUUUUAUAUUCCGGCUUUGCAGGAUUCUCUGCCUUGUCGCUCACAACACAAGGGACCUGAUGAUCAAGCGCAAAGUAAACUUGAUCGUUCUUCAUCUGCAUAUACAUCCUCCGCCUUGGCAUCCUGCAUACUACCGAAAGCUCGUGGAUGACGUAGUUCAGCAUUGUGCACUCUUGCCCGGCAGAGGACUCCCUCGCUUAGAUGGCUACCUGCGAGCUGUUCUUGCGUUCGAUAACUGCAAUGCUGCGAGCGAUCUCGUCCACCUAGUCCACAAGAUGACGCCACAACCUACUCGAAUCUCUUCGGUCCGACAACUGUUUUACGAAAGGGCUAGUGAAAUUCCCUAUCUCCUUUCUUCCCACACAGUCGCUGCUCAGUCUGCUCUGAGAGUGGAGGCGGCCACCUUCGUGCCUCGCGUACAGCGUCCCAAAGAUGAUGUAGAGAUUCACCAAGACCACAAGGAGAAGUUGGAACCGACACCCCAAGAGUCCGAUGGAGAGGAGGCAGAGGGGGAGGAAGCUAUCUUAGUGUAUGUUGAUACCGAGGCCAUUGAUGGCAUGGAAAACAUGGAGCAGGCGGUUACAUCCCUUGACUUGCAAGACGAGUCUCUUCGUUUCAACGGGCCAUCGAAAGACGAAGACGAUGCAGCCCGCAAGAUUCAGGAUGUAUAUCGCCGUUACCAUCGAUAUCGCUCGAGCCCUACAGUGGAUGCAGAAACCGAGGCGAUAUUCAUGACAUGCUUGAAGGAGACGCGGUCCCCUAGAUGGCAUCCAGGCUAUUACCGCCUUCUUUUCCUUGGACCAUUGCCUCACCUUCUGGUGUGCCUGGAACGAGGUAUCACUCUUACUCAUGCCGCCAAAGAGAAGACGAAACGCCUUCUCAACAAGCUCGACAAGGAGUCUCACGAAAAGCUUGAGGAGUUGGGCAGGCAAACAAACGAGAUCACAGUGCUCCUUAAGAAGGGCCUGCAAUUGCGCAAGCAGCUAGAGCCAUCCUCGCCAUAUCAUCAUGCCCGCGACAUCGGCGCCCUUAAACGUGCGGUUCGGGAAGUCGAUGAAUUCAUGCAGAGGGUUCCCGGCAACACGGAGGAUAUGCAAACCACGUUUCAAGUGGCCUUUAGGGGAAUUGUUGCAGUGAAGAAAGUAGUGUCAAAGGAGAAACCCGCUCUCAACGUCGAGGAUGUUUGA